AUGGCUUGCCAAUUCCUCAAAUAUGCCGACGUCAACGACAAUCUUGCAGCACCAGAGAACACACCAUGGCUCUCUCCGGUGCGCUUCGCCUACAAUUGGCUUCACGAUGCACCCAUCAAGUACCUUACUGCGCCGCCGCCAUUGGAGUAUACUUUAGAGGCACCGUUAUCCCUAUCAGACUCGCUUGCAAGCGACAAGGACAAGAGGCCGGCGAUGGGAUCCGGAGCAGCUCUGGACACCACCGGCACCAGAAUCACAUCGAGCAAUAAUGCUAACAGCUUUGACAUCUACCCCGUGCGGGCCGGCCUGCCGUGGCCCACCGGCCUCACCAAAGUGCGGCAGAGUCGACACUGGCGCGCCGGCCUGCGCCUCUCGACUGAUCUCCUGGAGCUCUUCGCGGCCGACGCCACAUCGACCGAUGCCGUGAGGCGGAAUGGCGUGUCGCUCGCUCGCAUCGCCUCGCAUGAGCUGCUGAACAAGGAAGAGGACCGCUUCACGAAGUUCCCUACGUACAUCUUCCCUGAGGCGGAUGAGCAGCGCACUCGGCUCUUGGCGGCGACGGUUGUGUACAUUAUCAUCUUUGACGAUUCAUGGGAGAUGCACAGCGAAGACAAGCUCGGCGUGGUGCGAGACGAUUUCAUCAAGCGGCUCGAGGGCGAUAUUGAGGAUGCUGAGCAUGCUGAAGAUCCGAAGCAGACGACGAUGCUACAGGCGCUUAUCUCGGACACGGUGCGUGAGUUGAGAGAUGAGGACGGCGGGCAGGAGGUCCUUGACCGGCUCGUGGAAUUCUGCCGUCACGUGCCUCCUUCCGAAAACACGACGUUCGCCAGCCUGGGGGAUUUUCUCAGGUAUCGCUGCAUCGAUGCGGGCAUGCCGUUCGUCAUCGCGUGCGUUAAAUUUUCUAUUCGCUCAAGCGUGCGCAUCCAGGACCCGAAGCUGGCGCGCAUCGUCCGACUCGUGAGCGAUCACGUGACCUUGGUAAACGACCUCGCAUCCUACGACAAAGAGAAACGGGCGUACGAUUCGGGGAAGGUACGCUAUCUGAUCAACGCCGUCGAUGUCGUCCAACGCCUGCUUGCACUCCCAUCGCCCGCCGCGGCUAAGUCAUUCACCUACGCCAUGCAGCUUCAGGUGGAGGCCGAGAUGAAGGAAGAGCUGGACCGCUUGAUUGCCAGUAAGGAGCUCUCGACCGAGGAGCUGCAGUUCAUCGAUGCUGCGCUGGUCAUGACGGCUGGCAACGUCUUUUACUCGGUCAUAGCGUCAAGAUAUGGGGGAAAGGCGGCCGAGAUCAAAAUGUAG